GUUUUUGUCAGGCGUUCGCCAGGUAAACAAAAAAUCUUGACGUCAUUGUUUUUGUGCUAUUCGGGCAGCGUGUUUCUCUGUCGCGGUGAAUUCACGACUUGUAAUUUCUGUGUAAAAGCUUCGUUUUCGCUUUCCUCGACAAAAUGGACGCUCUUCGACAACAAGCAAUGAUAAAUCAGUUCGUGAACGUCGCCGGUUGUGCUGUAGAUCAAGCGAAGAAGCUUUUACAAGCGGGAAAUUGGCAAUUCGAGGUGAGCGAAUGUGUUUGUUUUGGUCCGGCCAUGAUGUCUUGUUGUGUUUCAUUUCCUUGUACUGUGAUAGAUUCCCGCCAGUAUUUUAACGAUUUCUUCUUCCAUUAUAGACUGCUUUAAGCUUGUUCUUUCAAGAAGCAGCAAUUCCCUGCCACUCACAGCAUUCGGUAAGUGGAAUUUUCAAUUCGUUCUGGCACGUUUUGUGUUGUGUUUGAAUUUACGCACGCAUGUUGUUGUCGCGACGCUAAUGUUUUCAUUUAAACCAUCUCGUUUAUUUUCACAGCUUGUAACGCCGGCGAAUACUCCAGCAACUCCACCGAACUUCCCAGAAGCUCUUCUAGCAUUUCAAAGACUAUCAGCGUCAGAUACAAGCUCGAAAAACAGCCAACAAGUUGUCAGAUGAAACAUUUCUCAUUGACCACGCUAACCGUUGUUGUAUCAUAGUUGUAGAGACACCUUGUCCGCGGGCCGGCAAGGUUUUUGUCGACAAAAUAUCGUUGAUUUCAUAUAAAAUUGAUCUUAAUAUGCACCGUGAUCAAGUAAUUUAUAUCGUAAAAGACUAAAAAAGAAUCGACAAGUGUCAUGGGACAUGAAUUGGAGGGAAAAAACACGUAUAAAUUUGAUGUUGUAAAAUCGACAAACGUAAACAUUGGGUAACUAUGAAUGAGAAAACGAAAAUAAGGAAGCACUGGCGAUCGCUUUUCAAAAAGACAAAGUAUUUAAAGGAUUGUAAUAUACUCAUUUAAGGACACUACUACCUUCAUAUUCAAAGAGUAAAAAUCGAUCGCCAAAUCGGAAAAGAUGAGUGGAAAGGAAGUUUAAAACAUGUGACAAGGCCAUUGACUGGGACGUGAAUUCGAAAUGAAGUGGGAAUUUCUUGUCGAUAUUUAUAAAAAGAAACUUUUUAACGUUAGGUUGUAGACUGUAGCCUAGAAAAACAGUAAAGUGACAUUGCAUUGUUAAAUAAUAAAUAUUAAAGUUGUGUAGAAAAUUGGGGCAUAUACAGCUAUGAGUUGUAUAUACUUGCAAUAACCCAAAAUUGAAAAUGACAGUUGUUUUUUGUUAUUAUUACGCUGCAGACCUAUCGUCUAGUUGUACAAUAUAAAUUUUGUAGUAUACUGUAACUACGGUGAUUCUAUUUAAUAGUUUUAAAUCGUGCUUGCAUAAACGUCAAACAGGAAACUCGUUGAAACAGGCGGACGUUCUAGAAUGCUUUCGCUCUUGGCAAACCUCGGGGCAUACCAUAUUAUUUUGCCAGAAUGUACUGUAGAAUUUACUACGCUUAUUAAUAACGCUUGUAACAGGAAAAAUAAAAUGAAUAAACUUUACUUUUACAGCAAAAACUGAGGGUUUGUUUUACAUAGAAUGUGUUCCAUAGUUU